CAUACUUGAAUAUUCUGACACCAUUUAUUAAAGAAUAGACCUUAUAUACAGCGCGUUAAGUAGUUAUUCGCUUGACUAGUGUAUUGGUAUCUGUGCAUUAACCGCCAGUGUACAGUGCGUGAGUGAGAUAACAUACGGAGUUAUUGCGGUGCUAGAACGAGACAACCACACCACAAUGCAGCGAUCACCACAACACAAAUUUGCAUCAAACCCCGAUUUACAGACUUCAGCUAAGUCUGAUUUGAUGGUUGAUGACCUGAAUAUUAACUUACGCAAAAGGAGGGAACAUAUAUUAGACGGCGAGAUCCUGAACAUCGUUGAAACCAGCCUAAAUGAGCAACUUAACACCUGGAAGCAAAGCUUGGAUGCCACGAUCACAGAAACCAUAAAAAACGCCGUGAGUGUUGCGCUGGAGACGGAGAUGAGUAAAUUAUCAGCCAAUAUUAAUCAGACAAUGCAAAAUUUCGCUAUACGCAUGGAUGAAUUCCAGGAAUCGGUAGAUUAUGCGAACAAUAGACAGGAUCUGUUUGAAAAACGUUUGAAAGAAGUAGAGGUUGUCACCGCAGCUGGUAGCACCGUUCAUAGUCAGAUUACAACACUCGAAAAUAAAAUAGAUCAGCUGGAGCAGCAAGCCAGACAGUUUAACAUUGAAAUCGCAAACCUGCCAGAAAAAAAUGGCGAAAACCUGAUGACACUGCUAAGUAAAAUUGGUACAGUUAUUAAGCACCCGAUCAACCAGGCUGACAUUUUAUCUGCCCACCGUGUUCCACAUGUUGACAAAAAGAAUCCCCGCCCAAGGAAUGUUAUUGUAAAACUAUCUUCCAAAAUAUUACGGAACAAUAUUCUAACCUCGGCGAGGGCGACUAAAGGAUUAACUUCCGAUAUGUUGAUGAUGGCGGGCAGCACGCGUACGAUUUAUAUCAACGAACAUCUAACGCCUAAAAAUAAGGCCCUCUUUCGUCAAAGUCGAGAAGCCGCAAAAAAAAAUAAUUAUAAAUACGUCUGGGUCAGACAUGGUACUGUCCUUGUCCGCCAAACAGACACAUCACCUAUCUAUGCAGUGCGUUCUGAGGAUGAUAUUGACAAAAUCAAAAUCAAAACCAGUUCCUGAAAAUAAGUUGAG